AUGAAGAAGUGCACAACCCAGCUCACACCAACAUUUCUGAGCUCAGUCAGCAGGUCGAAGCCGACAACUCAUCGAGAUCCACUACACAUCCCGGAAAAGGUCCAGAGUUCGAUUAUAAUAGUAAAACGCAGCGCGCCAUUGACAACAGAGACUUCAAGCCCAAGUCAUGCUAGCAAUCUAUUGACAUGUGCAUACACGACUGAUCUUCUAGGAGAAGUGGAGUGCGCGCAGAAGGGUGUGAAAACGUGGGUGCUUAGACAUGCACAUGUUAGUAGGCAGUUUGAGAAAGCUCAGACUAGGGAUUGUGAGUAA